CUUCAGCAGUCUGGCUGAAAGGCACAUUGCAUCCCCACACAUGCACCAGUGCUCUUUUGUGAGCGCGCCUGCACUACAGCAGCGAGGACCCGCACCUUUUUGUCGGCCUCGAGGCAGCGCCGUCAUUCUGCCGCAUGCCGCCCGGCGACACCAUUACGCAGAGGAAUUCCCUGCUGUCUCCGCUGCUUCUGUUUACAGCGGCGCAGAGCGAGGAGGAGAGGAGGCGUGCUGCAGAGCUCUAGGAGCACUUGGAUUUCACAUCAAGAUGUGCACUGGUUGUUUCCAAGGAAGUGGCCAUGUCUUUGGGAAUUGUCGGUGACCCCUGUCGCUCCUGGCUGGGAACAUAUGACAGAGGGAUCUGUGAAUUGUGAGUGAGGGACUUGCUAUAUUUGUCUUCGCUGCUUCCUGAUGCGGUCGGAGCGGGCAAGUCGUGUUUGUAUCGUGGUGCUGGAGGAGGUGGAGGAGGAUGAGCCCUGCUUUUCACCCCCACCCCCUGAGCCCAAAUCAACCCUAGACCGCAGAUCACAUCAUCCCCCUCGAAGGGCUUCUGCGCUGGAGGACAAGCCAUCCUUGCUUCGAGCCAUCUUCAAUGUGGAUCCAGAUGAAGUUCGGUCCCUCAUAUUCAAGAAAGAGGAUGUCAAUAUUCAGGAUACUGAAAAGCGGACACCGCUACACGCUGCAGCCUACCUGGGUGACACUGAGAUCAUUGAACUGCUCAUCCUCUCAGGAGCCAGAGUUAAUGCCAAAGACAACAAGUGGUUGACCCCUCUUCACCGUGCUGUGGCUUCGUGCAGUGAGGAUGCGGUGGCCAUGCUGCUGAAGCACAGCGCCGAUGUCAACGCCAGGGACAAGAACUGGCAGACUCCGCUCCACGUCGCGGCGAGCAACAAGGCCAUGCGCUGUGCCGAAGCGUUAGUCCCGUUGCUGAGCAAUGUCAACGUGUCGGACAGGGCGGGACGCACCGCUCUGCACCACGCUGCCUUCAGUGGACACGUAGAGAUGGUGAAGUUGCUACUGUCAAGAGGAGCUAACAUCAAUGCGUUUGACAAGAAGGACAGGAGGGCCAUCCAUUGGGCUGCUUACAUGGGUCACCUGGAGGUAGUUAAAUUACUGGUGAGCAGUGGCGCCGAGGUGGACUGCAAGGACAAGAAGGCCUACACCCCGCUGCAUGCAGCCGCUUCCAGCGGGAUGAGCAGCACCGUACACUACCUGCUGGGCCUCGGGGUUCAGGUGAAUGUGGUGAAUGCCUACGGCAACACUCCACUCCAUUUGGCGUGUUACAACGGGCAGGAUGUGGUGGUCAGUGAGCUCAUCAAGGCGGGGGCGAGUGUCAACCAGGUCAACGAGAGGGGUUUCUCUGCGCUCCAUUUUGCCUCCUCCUCACGCCAAGGGGCGCUGUGCCAAGAGCUACUGUUGGCCCACGGAGCGCACAUCAACAUGCGGAGUAAGGACGGGAAGACUCCCCUCCAUAUGGCAGCUACCCACGGCCGGUUUUCCUGCUCUCAGGCCCUCAUUCAAAAUGGAGCCGAGAUUGAUUGCGUGGACAGGGACAGAAACACCGCCCUUCACAUUGCCGCACGUCAUGGCCAUGAGCUCAUCAUCACGGCACUCGUCAAACACAGAGCCUGCCUCGCCAAGAGAGGUAUUCACGGGAUGUUCCCGCUGCACCUGGCAGCUCUCACCGGCUUCCCCGAUUGCUGCAGGAAGCUGCUGUCCUCGGGAUUUGACAUUGACACUCCCGACGAUUACGGAAGGACGUGUCUACACGCUGCCGCAGCUGGAGGGAACCUGGAGUGCCUGAACCUGCUGCUAAACAUAGGAGCAGACUUUAACAAGAAAGACAACUACGGAAGGACUCCGCUUCAUUAUGCAUCAGCAAACUGCAAUUACCACUGCGUGUUUGCCCUGGUGGGCUCGGGGGCGAGCAUCAAUGAGCUGGACCAGAGAGGCUGCGGCCCCCUGCACUACGCCGCUGCAGCCGACACCGACGGAAAGUGUGUGGAGUACCUUUUGAGGAACAAUGCUGAGCCAGGUGUUCGGGACCAACAGGGGUACAGUGCAGUCCACUAUGCCUCGGCCUAUGGCCGCACUCUCUCUCUGGAGCUGAUGGCAAGUGAAACGCCGCUUGACGUGCUGAUGGAGUCAUCAGGAACAGACUUCCCAAGUGACUCUGAGUGCCAUGGGCAGAUCAGUCCACUCCACUUGGCUGCUUAUCACGGACACUGCGGAGCCUUAGAAGUCCUCUUGUCUUCCAUGCCAGACGUGGACGUCCGUAACCCGCAAGGCCACACUCCUCUCAGCCUGGCUUGCUCCAAGGGACACCAGGAGUGCGUCUCGCUGCUGCUACACCGCCGCGCCUCACCCAUGGCCUGCGAUUACUCCCAGAAAAUGACAGCUCUACAUGCUGCAGUUACAAAUGGCCACUCUGGGUGCCUGCGUCUUCUCAUGAGCAACAAUGACCAGCACAUCAAUUUGGAUGCACUCGAUGUCAACAAGCAGACCCCGCUGAUGUUAGCUGUGCUGAAUGGCCACACUGAGUGUGUAUAUUCACUGCUCAGUCAAGGAGCCAGUGUCCAGGUUCAGGACUGCUGGGGCAGGACGGCCCUUCACCGAGGGGCAGUGACAGGCCAGGAGGAGUGUGUGGAGGCUCUUCUUCAGCGUGGGGCCAGCGCGUGUGUGAAGGACAUUCGCGGUCUCUCCCCUCUUCAUUUGGCGUCCGCCUGCGGCCGUGUCGGCGUCCUUGGCGCUAUGCUGCAGUCGCCCGGCACCUCAAAUGCUCUCUUGGAGCUGACUGACAACAGAGGCUACACGCCGCUACACUGGGCCUGCUACAGCGGAUGUGACGCUUGCGUGGAGUUGUUGUUGGAGCAGGAAGUCUUCAGGAAGAUAAAAGGGAACACAUUCAGCCCAUUGCACUGUGCGGUAAUGAACGACAAUGAAGGAGUGGCUGAGAUGUUAAUCGACUCCCUGGGCGCCAACAUCAUUGACUCCACUGACGCCAAGGGCAGGUCCCCGCUUCACGCCGCCGCUUUCGCAGACCGUGCUGAAUGCAUUUCCCUGCUGCUCGGUCACGGAGCUCAUGCCAACAUUGCAGACAAGCACACGCGUAGGACGCCGCUGAUGAUGGCGGCUCUCAACGGGCAAACCAAUGCCGUGGAGGUGUUGGUGAGCAGCAGCAAAGCGGACUUCACUCUUCAAGACACUGACAGGAACACAGCCUUACACUUGGCUUGUAGCAAGGGUCACGAGACGUGCGCCUUGUUGAUUCUGGAGAAGAUCAGAGAUAAGAAUCUCAUCAACUGCACCAACGCCUCUCUGCGCACGCCGCUCCACGUUGCGGCCAAAAACGGUUUAACGGUCGUUGUCCAGGAACUUCUGGGAAAAGGAGCGAGCGUGCAAGCUGUGGAUGAGAACGGUUACACGCCCGCUCUGGCCUGCGCCCCCACCCGCGACGUGGCCGACUGCUUGGCGCUCAUCCUCAACUCCAUGAUGCCCGCCUCGCCCAUGGUCACCGUAGCGACCCUGCCCGCCUUUUCUCUGCCGCACAUGGUCAUCAGCCCUCACCCUGUUUCCAAUCACGUUGCGAAGGGCGUGGCCUUUGAAAGCCUUCCCCCUCUGAGGCCCGACCGCGCAUCGUACUGUAGACCUGAGCGCCCCCUGUCCUGUGUCACUACUGACGAAGAACUGAACGACUCGGAUUCAGAGACCUACUGAGGACCGCUACCACUUCUCAUCGUGUCGGAAGGCCAGUUUGUCAUUCGGGAAGGAGCCUCGAACAGAUCACUGACACUUAGAAAACACAAAGGAAGAGGGGACAAAAAACACUCGAGUGGAUAUCUUUUUGUGAAACCUUCAAAUAACAAAUACUGCAGUGCUUACUUGAUUCUCCUACAAAUACAUUUCUUUGAGGUAUCCUCUCUCCUAACCAGUGGCGAGCAUUUGGUACCUGGUCCUACAGAGUGGGGACUAUCCUUACUUCAUACCGUCAGGAUCGCGUUGCAAUUGU